AUGAACAUUAUCGGAAAUUACGACAAACUACCAACCGAGGCUCCUCAAUUGCCUUCCAACGUUUUCAGCCUGUUCUCCCUGAAAGGCAAGGUGGCCAGCAUUACUGGUGGCUCGACGGGAAUUGGUCUGGCUGUGGCAGAAGCGUAUGCUCAGGCAGGCGCAGACGUGGCCAUCUGGUACAACAGCACAAACGCUGACCACGAAGCUGAGAGGCUGUCCAAGACGUACGGGAUCCGUGCCAAGGCUUACAAGUGCGCAGUCGGCGACUUUGACCAGGUCAAGGCCACGAUCGAUGCCAUUGAGUCUGACUUUGGCACGAUUCACAUUUUUGUUGCAAAUGCGGGGAUUGGCUCCCAAUCGGUGCCUGUGAUCGAUGCGUCGCUGGAAAAAUACCGGGCAAUCAUGAACACGAAUUUGGACGGCGUGUACUACUGCGCCAAGUGCGUGGGUCCAAUUUUCAAGAAGCACGGCAAGGGUUCCUUUAUCAUCACCACCUCACAGGCAGCCCAUAUUGUCACGGCUCACGUGUGGCAAGCGGCUUACAACGCCAGCAAGGCAGCGUGCAUCCAGAUUGCCAAGAGUCUGGCAAUGGAAUGGGUCGGCUUCGCCCGUGUCAAUACGAUCUCUCCAGGGUACAUUGUCACCCCUAUCUCGAAAGAUGUGCCUAACGAGGAGAAAGUCAAGUGGUGCACGUUGAUCCCAAUGGGCAGAGAGGGGCUUCCUCAAGAGCUUGUGGGCGCAUACCUGUACUUUGCGUCGGACGCCUCAACCUUCACCACCGGCGCUGACCUCAUCAUUGACGGUGGUUAUUGCUGCCCAUAA